CUCGCCCUUCCUGCGCUUUUUCCACCCCGUGAGCCUUUUGCUCCUAUAUUUAGCUCGUCCUCGGGUGCUAAUUUCGACUGCAUGGCAGCCGUUUAUAAGUCCCUGGGUCGCCACUCCCCCUUUUCUCCUGCUUUCUCUUCCCUUGGUCUCAACUUGUAGUUUAGUUGGAGCAAAAAAACUUUUCCUUUCUUUCUCUUCCCCCACUUCCUUUUUAACGCCACAAGCACUUUCCCUUUCCUCCCUUAAAUAAACAAACAGAACCCUAGAAGUGUUAUGAAAACAGACCCCGCGGCGGGUCGUCAUUCCGCCCCCAUCCCCGAGCUGUACUUUUGAUCCACACGUAUAUAAACAAAACACGUAUCUGGACCUUGGGCGGAGAGGGCGCCCGUUUAGGCGGCUGAAGUACCAUGGGGCAAGCGGAGGAGCUGAUCCGGACGGCCAAAAAGUUGGAUAAGAUGGUGUCUAGGAAGAACACGGAUGGAGCGCUGGACCUAUUGAAGAAACUGAAUAGCUGCACCAUGAGCAUUGAGCUGCUGCAGACCACCAAAAUUGGUGUGGCUGUCAACGCAGUGCGUAAGCAUUGCUCAGACAAGGAAGUGGUGGCACUGGCUAAACUCCUUAUCAAAAACUGGAAGAGGCUGUUAGAGUCAUCCGGGACACAGAAAGGGAAGAAGGAGAAAGACAUAGCUGCCUCUGGCUGGAAAGCUGAAGGGCCACUUUCCAACUCUUUGGAUGUAUGCAAAAGUCCUGAUGGAAAGCAGAAGGACAGAGACGCGUCUACUUCCCGAAAGUCACACUUGGAGAUCAAAAAAGAGAGGAGGGACUCCAAAGAUUCAAGAUCUUCCAGCUCUACUUCUAGUUCCUCUACUUCCUCUCCCAAGAGACUCUCGGUGGACAGGAGAACCUCUACCAGCUCCAACCCAGCAGCCUCCCCUCCUGGAUUCCAUAAAAACAAAGAGGAUAGCAAAGAUGAAAGAUCAAAUGACAAAUCUCGAAGUGAGGUGCCCAAGAUGCCAGCCAGCCCUAUCACGCCAACAUUUGGAACUUCUGUCUGCUUCUUGCCCUCGUCCUAUUUGACUGGAGACUCCAUUAGGGACAAGUGUAUUGAGAUGGUCUCUGCAGCCCUGAAAAUGGAUGAUGAUUACAAAGAAUUUGCGGUCAACUGUGAUAAGAUGGCAGCCGAGAUUGAAGAUUGUAUCUACCAAGAACUGAAGGGCACAGAUAUGAAAUACCGGAACCGAGUGAGGAGCAGAAUUAGUAACCUGAAGGACCCCAAGAAUCCUGGUUUGCGGCGCAAUGUGCUGUGUGGAAGCAUCUCGCCAGCCCUAAUUGCCAAGAUGACGGCAGAGGAAAUGGCUAGUGAUGAACUGAAGGAGCUAAGAAAUGCCAUGACCCAAGAAGCUAUCCGAGAGCAUCAGAUGGCGAAGACCGGAGGUACCGCCACCGACCUCUUCCAGUGCGGAAAGUGCAAGAAAAAGAACUGCACCUACAAUCAGGUGCAAACCCGGAGCGCCGAUGAGCCCAUGACGACUUUCGUGCUCUGUAAUGAGUGUGGCAAUCGCUGGAAGUUCUGUUGACGCUCUUUGCACCCAUAUGCCAGCACCACGAAGAUGUUGUGCCUGUUGCAGCCGAAGAGAUAAGAGAACCUUUGAACUGUUCAACUGAUGAAAUAAAAAGCAGGGAAAGGAAAACAGCCUGCCAAGGUUGAAAUGCUGAAGUUUCAACCCCAACCCCAUCGGAUAUCUCUUUUUAAAAAUAUGCAGUCGGUUUGAAUGAAUUACUUCAAUGGAAUCCUAUCUUGGUACUCAUUCAGGUGGUAGAUGGGCGCCCUCACUGAGAGGGCUGUGUGUCUUCUGCAGUUAUAUUAUGCGAAGGCAGACAUUAACACUGAGCAUAGGCCAACAGAUUGUGGAUUGUUCCCUGCUUUUGUGUGGGGAAAUGUAAAAUUUUCCAUUCUUAAGGCUGCAAAAGAUUGGCUUGGCAGUGCAUGCAUGGGCAAUGUCCAGUGAAGUCUCCAAAGCAGAGACCGUUUCUGAUGGCCUGAGCACAUAGGUUCGGAAGGCCUGGCUCUGUGAUCAACCGCUGAUUUGAAUCACAAAGUGUAAGCUUGUCGAGGCAAAUUGAAAGUAACAUUUAAAAUCAGCAACUGUAACGGCAACGGAGGAAAGAAGGAUGGGAUGUAUGCAGUUCUGACUCUAAUUAGGAGUCAAAA